AGAAGGAGGCAGGCAGUAUCAGUGACAUCCACCCGACCGGCUAUGCUCUCCCGACAAAAGGGGCUGAGGAGCAGCCCGUGACCCGCCGCCGCGCCACCCGACAGGUCUCCCCCUCUCUCUCUCUCCCUCUCUCUCUCCCCCUCCACAGUCCGCACGCUGAGGGGAGACGCCGGCGAUGCGUGCAUGCGUCCCCCCGCAAAGGGCAGAGCUUUCUCCGCUGCCGCUGGAUUACAUUCGCCCCUGCUGGUCCCCGAGAGGAAGCUUCCAGCUGCACAUCCACCCACAUGAAGACGGAGCGCUGCCCGCCGAGAGUGCCCACCCUUGUUGAGUGAAACACAACCGGUAUCUUGGUCAUCUCCAACCAACCCGCGGCGGUGCCAUGCCUUUGUCCAGGAAAGGUGGAGUUUCAGUCCAGUCGAGGAGGCCUGGCCGGGGGCUCCGCCUUCGCCCCCCUCCGCUGGGUCUGCUGCUGCCCUUGAUUAUGCUGUUAAGCGGCCCUCUGAGCAAUGUGUGUGGAGCACCAGCUCCUCCAACCUUCACCAAGAUUCCAACGGACCAGAUUGGAGUGUCAGGGGGUGUAGCAUCAUUUGUGUGCCAGGCCACUGGCAAUCCCAAGCCUGUCGUCUACUGGAACAAGAAGGGCAAGAAGGUCAACUCCCAGCGCAUCGAGACUGUAGAGUUUGAUGAUGGUGCAGGUGCUGUGCUGAGAAUCCAACCGCUCAGAGCACCUCGAGAUGAGAAUAUCUAUGAGUGUGUGGCACGCAACAGUGAAGGAGAGGUGUCUGUCACUGCGAAGCUGGCCAUUAUCAGAGAGGACCUGUUGCCAUUCGGCUUCCCCAGCAUAGACAUGGGUCCCCAGCUGAAGGUGGUGGAGCGGACGAGGACGGCCACCAUGCUGUGCGCAGCCAGCGGCAUCCCCGACCCGGAGAUCUCCUGGUUCAAAGACUUCCUCCCCGUCGACCCCGUCAGUAACCAGGGUCGCAUCAAACAGCUCCGAUCAGGGGCGCUACAGAUCGAGAACAGCGAGGAAACGGACCAAGGGAAGUACGAGUGUGUGGCCACCAACUCUCAAGGCGUGCGCUACUCCUCCCCCGCCAACCUGUAUGUGCGAGAGCUUCGAGAAGUGCGCCGCGUGCCCCCCCGUUUCUCCAUCCUCCCUUCCAACCAUGAGAUCAUGCCGGGAGGGAGCGUCAACAUCACCUGCGUGGCCGUGGGUUCGCCCAUGCCCUACGUCAAGUGGAUGCUGGGCACCGAGGACCUCACGACGGAGGACGAAAUGCCCAUCGGGCGCAACGUGCUGGAGCUCAACGGCGUCCGAGAGUCCGCGAACUACACCUGUGUGGCCAUGAGCAGCCUGGGCAUCAUCGAGUCCACCGCGCAGGUCUUAGUAAAGACUCUGCCGAAGCCUCCCGGCACCCCCAUCGUCACAGAGACCACUGCCACCAGUGUGACCAUCACUUGGGACUCCGGUAACCCCGACCCCGUCUCCUACUACAUCAUCCAGUACAGAGCCAAAGGGCCCGACAGCAAGUAUGAGACUGUGGACAGCAUCACCACCACCCGCUACAGCAUCGGGGGACUCUACCCCAACACAGAGUACGAAAUCAGAGUGUCGGCCUUCAAUAGCAUCGGCCAGGGGCCCCCCUCUACUCGCGUGGAGGCCCGCACGGGGGAGCAGGCCCCGGCCAGCCCUCCCCGCAACGUCCAGGCUCACAUCAUAUCUCAGAACACGGUGAUGGUCCGCUGGGAGGAGCCGGAGGAACCCAAUGGACAGGUGAAAGGCUACCGCGUGUACUACACCAUGGACCCGUCCCGGCCCAUGAACGAGUGGCAGAUCCACAACGUCCAGGACAGCGUGAUCACAACCAUUCAGAGCCUGGUGACCUCGAAGACGUACACCAUCCAGGUCCUAGCCUUCACCUCUGUAGGGGACGGACCCUUCUCGGACCCCGUCCAUGUCAAAGUCAUGCCCGGAGUCCCGGGCCAGCCGGGAAAGUUUAAAGUGGGGAAGGUGGCCGACACCAGCAUCGAGCUGACCUGGGAACCUGCGUACACAAAGGAGGGCAUCGUCAACUACGAGCUGCUCUACAAACCUGUCAAGUUUGGCAGCUUGGAGAAGCUGACCUUUGGGCCGAGGACCUCUUACACGGUGGAGGGUCUCAAAGCGAACACGGAGUACUCCUUCUCGCUGGCCGCCAUCUCAAACAAAGGCAUCGGGGCUUUCACCAAUGAACUGGUGCAGAGGACGUCUCAAGCCAAGCCCUCAGCUGCCCCCCAGGGUGUGUCGUGUGAGAGCUCCAGCUCCACUUCGCUGAGAGUAAAUUGGAAGCCGCCUCCGACGGAGGGUCAGAAUGGCGAAUUGGCAGGUUAUGAGCUGAGAUACCAGAGAGUUUCUGGGGCUGAAGGUGGAGGGCAGGGCCAGGAUGUGAAGGCGCUUCCCAUCCCGGGACAGCAGGGCCAGACAGUGUUAGAGGGUCUGGAGAAAUGGAGCUGGUACAACAUCAGCCUGGCAGCCUUCACUUCAGAGGGGACCGGACCCAACAGCCCCGUUGUCAUUUGCAGAACUGAUGAAGACGUGCCGGCUGCAGCCCCUCGUCAGGUGGAUGUCCAGCCGCUCAACUACUCGGCCCUUCGAGUCACCUGGCGGUCAGUUUUGCCGCGGUCACGGCAGGGACAGAUCCGUGGGUACCAAGUGCAUUUCAGCCGCGCAGAAAGCGGCGAAUCCCGAAAUCUUCCCCGGAUCAAAGACCUCUUGUUGGAUGAGUCACAGAUGGAGGAUGGUGACUCAACUCAAUAUGAGCUGAUUUUAGGAGGUCUGAAAGCAGAGACGCUGUACUCCAUCUCAGUGGCAGCGUACACCACCAAAGGGGAUGGAGCGCAUAGCAAAGCCAAACUGGUCCAAACACUGGGGAUUGUGCCCGGCCCCCCCUCACUUUGGGUGCGUCCAGGAUCUGGUCCAUCAGUGGUGGUCCGGUGGGCUCCUCCGGUGGAGUGCUCUGACUCAGGCGCUGAUAGUCGAGGGGCUGCGGUGGUAAUCCAGAGCUACCGCCUGCAGUUCGGCCUGAAGAACACCUCUUUAGACAACACGGUGGAGUUCACAAAUAAAGAGAAAAACUUCACUGUCAGAAACCUCUCCCCAGGUUCCUCUUACGUCUUUGUCCUCUCCGCAAAGAGCCGAACGGGCUACGGAGAUGUAGUGCAACAGGAGAUAACAGUUCCCAUCUUCCCACCCUUGGGAUACCCCAAAAUCACUGACUAUUUCAAUGCCACCUGUUGCUCCCUCGAGUUCUCCUGGCUCCCCCCGGCCCCAAAGGAGUGCUGCGGUGUCAUCACAGAGUACACUAUAUCUUACAAAGAGGCUCCGGGCCCCAAACCCUCUAGUGACCCUGGUUCGCCAGCCAUACCAACCCCCACUGCUCCCCCUUGGCUGAUCUCGUUACCAGCGAGUGAGUCCAGCUACACCAUCCUGGGCCUCAAUCACAGCACAGACUACGAGGUGCAGCUACGAGCCCACAACAAGGCAGGGCCAGGCCCAUUCAGCCCACCUCUGACGGGCCAAACCCUGGCCUUUGAAACAGAUGUGCCCAGGAAUUUUUCAGUCAAUCUGGCCACUAAGACCAGUGUUCUCCUGACCUGGGAGUUUCCAGAGAGCACCAACCCCUACCGCUUCACUGUGCAAUAUAACCUACAGAAGAUGGAGGUGGACGCUCGGCUGAGAAAGGCAGUCAUCCCCAACCUUCAACCUGACACCAGCUACGACUUUAAGAUCACUGCUCCGGAGGGAAACAUGGGAGGCCUUCGCCAUCGCAUCUCCGCCAAGACCUCCCCGCCAAUCACCAUCCGCCGCCCUGAGAUUGACCACACCCGCGACACCGAGACCACAGUCACUAUAGUCCUGCCGUCACUGGAGACUCGCACGGCUGUCAAGAAUGUGUAUGUUGUUGUGGUUCCGCUGCGGAGGGCCCGCGGCGUUAUCAGACACCUCAAGAGCCCAGAUGAAAUGGACCUCGAGGAGCUGUUAAAAGACAUCAGCCAAAAGCAGAGGGACUCUCGGCAGCAGAAGCAGGUGGACCUGCGGCGGGCUUACAUCACAGCCCGCUUCACACCUGCCACCCUACCGGCUUUCUUCACCCUGGGGGACCAGCUUGACUACGGAGGAUUUGAGAACCGAGCCCUGGAGGCCGGUCAGGAGUACGUCUUCUUCAUCCUGGCUGAGCUCAACUCCACCACCGGGAAAAUGUACGUGGCCAGCCCCUACACAGACCCCGUGAUUGCCCCAGAUUCAGAUCCCCAGCCCCUCGACGCGGGCGACGGACUGAUUUGGGUGGUUGGACCCGUCCUGGCUGUAGUUUUCAUCAUCUGCAUCGUCAUUGCUAUCCUCCUUUACAAAAACAGCAAACCUGACAGCAAGCGCAAAGACUCUGAACCCGGAACCAAGAGCCUUUUGAGCAACGCAGAGAUGAUGGCCCAUCACCCGACAGACCCCGUGGAGAUGAGGCGCAUUAACUUUCAGACUCCUGGCAUGAUGAGCCACCCUCCCAUCCCCAUCAGUGAGCUGGCCGAGCACAUUGAGCUGCUGAAAGCCAACGACAACCUGCGACUAUCUCAGGAGUACGAGUCAAUCGACCCUAGUCAGCAGUUCACAUGGGAACACUCAAACCUGGAGGUCAACAAGCCCAAAAACCGCUACGCUAACGUCAUAGCCUACGACCACACGCGCGUCGUCCUGGCUCCAAUAGAAGGUGUCCUGGGCAGCGACUACAUCAACGCCAACUACGUGGAUGGCUACAGGAAGCAGAAUGCCUACAUCGCCACACAGGGCGCCCUGGCGGAGACAUUCGGGGACUUUUGGAGAAUGGUCUGGGAACAGCGGGCCGCCUCUGUGGUCAUGAUGACGCGUCUCGAGGAGAAGUCACGGAUAAAGUGUGACCAGUACUGGCCGAGUCGCGGCACAGAGACAUACGGGAUGAUUCAGGUCACCCUUUUGGACACAAUGGAGCUGGCCACAUUCUGCGUCCGCACCCUUUCCCUGCAUAAGAGUGGCAGCAGUGAACGGCGAGAGGUACGUCAGUUCCAGUUUACAUCCUGGCCCGACCACGGAGUGCCGGAGUAUCCGACCCCCUUCCUCAACUUCCUCCGCAGGGUGAAAGCCUGCAACCCUCCGGAUGCGGGACCUAUCAUCGCUCACUGCAGUGCUGGCGUUGGUCGCACUGGCUGUUUUAUCGUCAUCGAUGCCAUGCUGGAGCGCAUUCGACACGAGCGCACUGUGGAUAUCUACGGUCAUGUGACUCUGAUGCGCUCACAGCGGAACUACAUGGUGCAGACGGAGGACCAAUACAGCUUCAUCCACGAGGCCCUGCAGGAGGCCGUGGCCUGCGGGAACACCGAGGUGGCCGCCAGGAGUCUCUUCUCCUACAUGCAGAAGCUGUCCAAGGUGGAGACCGGGGAGCACAUCACUGGCAUGGAGCUGGAGUUCAAGCGGCUGGCCAACACCAAGGCCCACACGUCCCGGUUCGUCACAGCCAACCUGCCUUGCAACAAAUUUAAGAAUCGACUGGUCAACAUUAUGCCCUAUGAAACCACCCGCGUCUGCCUCCAGCCAAUAAGAGGCCUGGAAGGCUCUGACUACAUCAACGCCAGUUACAUAGACGGAUACAGACAGCAGAGAGGCUACAUUGCCACCCAGGGCCCACUGGCUGAGACAACGGAGGAUUUCUGGAGGAUGCUGUGGGAACACAACUCCACCAUCGUGGUUAUGCUCACUAAACUGAGAGAAAUAGGACGGGAGAAGUGUCACCAGUACUGGCCCGCCGAGCGCUCCGCCAGGUACCAGUACUUUGUGGUGGACCCGAUGGCCGAGUACAACAUGCCCCAGUACAUUCUCCGUGAGUUCAAAGUCACGGACGCCAGGGAUGGGCAAUCCCGGACAGUGCGUCAGUUCCAGUUCACCGAUUGGCCAGAGCAAGGCGUGCCGAAGUCUGGAGAGGGCUUCAUUGAUUUCAUUGGCCAAGUGCACAAAACCAAGGAGCAGUUUGGCCAGGACGGACCAAUCAGCGUUCACUGCAGUGCUGGCGUGGGGCGGACAGGUGUCUUCAUCACCCUGAGUAUUGUCCUGGAAAGGAUGCGUUACGAAGGGGCGGUGGACAUCUUCCAGACUGUCAAAAUGCUGCGCACACAGAGACCCGCCAUGGUGCAGACUGAGGAUGAAUACCAGUUCUGCUACCAGGCUGCACUGGAGUACCUGGGUAGCUUUGACCACUAUGCAACGUAAGCCAAGAGACGACCAUCUAUCCAGCUUCCUGCUUCGAGGUCCACAAACAAACCGACGAGCGGAAGGAGUGACAGACAGCUCGAGAUGAGCGUGGACAUUUUGAUCUUUUUUUUUUUUCCGGAAGCAAGAUGAAUUCUACAACAACAAGGACGAAAAGUAACAACAAAAAACAGCAACAACAAAUCUCUGUCUGACAGCAGCCACACUCUUCAGGGUUCCCCUGGCGAGCCGGUGGGUGUGGAGACCAUCCAUGUGUAAUCCAUAUACUUACCUCAGUGUUCCAGUGUGAAGGACGUAUAAUACAUUUGUGUUGUGGUCAAGCUUCCUCCAAUACGAACAAGUGAAAUACAAACAGCUUCUGAAAAGGAAUUAUGAUGCUAAAUGUGUAUAAAAAGAAAAAAAAGGAAAGAAAAAAAAAAAA